AACUGAUGCACGCCAGUCGAUCAUGGAAAUUAAGGCGAAGCACAACGCGAUGCUGUUGCUCUGCAUUUGCAUAGCUGGCCACUUUCUAAAUGCGCAGGUCACAGCUGCCCCCACCAGCGAUGAGGAUCUCAAACAGGACGGACCCUACAUUACGGAAUUACUGCGUCAGGCGAAGACUGCUGAGAUCGAGAGCUUUAUGGACCAGAAGACAGAUCCGUGCAACGAUUUCUACGAUUUCUCCUGUGGCAACUACAAUCGCAUCAACUCGGCUUCGAGCAUGCAGGUGGUUUCUACCGGAUCAUUCGAGACUUUGACCAAUGGUCUCAACCGAAAGAUACUGAAGAUGCUCAGCUCACCCCACGAUGCACACGACACUCCGGAGGACAUUCAGGUGAAGCAUUUCUACGAGUCCUGCCUCCGGAUUAAUGAGCUUAACUCGACCUACAGCGAAAAGCUGAAGCGGCUCAUUGCUGAAUUCGGUACGAUGCCGAUGCUCGAGGGAUCAUCCUGGCAGGAGGACGACUUCGACUGGCUGGGGACUAGUGCUCGCAUGUCCUACCGAUACGGCGUCACUCCCAUUUUAGCCAGCGAUGUAAGUAAGGACUUCGGCAGCAACACCCGAAACCGAAUAUACUUGAGGCAGCAAAACUUCCCGCUGGAGUCACGGUCCAUGUACGUCGAUGAAGCAACGGCAGUGUAUCGUCAGAAAUAUGGUGUUAAUAUCCAGCGCACCUUGCAGCGUUUUCUGGGUGUGACGAUGGAAUUGGCCAAAAAAACGGCAAAGGAACUGCUUGACUUUGAGGUGGACUUGGCCCAUGGAAUUGUGGACGAAAGCGAAGGAAUAGAACUGACUGAAUUGGCUCAGUUAGUCACAGUGGACGACAUGCAAAAGAGGUACUCUCCCACCUUGGACAUCGAGCGAUUUCUGUUUGUGGCCAUGGGAGAGCGCAUUUCCGACCAGAUUUACGAAUUCAACUCGCGUUAUCAGCAAAAUUUGGUCGAAGUUAUCAAGCGUACGCCCAAGCGCACUGUAGCCAACUAUAUAUUCUUUUGCCUUGUCAUGGAAUUUGUUGAGUCAUUCCCCGAGAAGCCGGAGAAGCAGAAGAAGGCCUGUGUGGAACUUACCAAGAAGUACUUCGCCAAGAGUAUGGACAACAUGUUCUACCGUCGCUACAACAACGAGAAAUCCACAAGAGAAAUCGAAAGCAUUUGGCGUCAGCUAAAGUCUACCUUUGACGAGACCCUCCGUUUCAGUUCCGCUUUGGAUUGGAUUGAGCCACCCACCCGAAAUCUUGCUAUUGCGAAGCUACAGGCAAUGACACUGGAGAUCAACAGCUACUCCGACGUUAACUUCACCGAAGAGUUUGAGGAACUCAAUCUGCAAAGUGACGAUUUCGUGGAGAAUGUGCGAUAUACAAGCAUACUCAGUGCCAAACAGAACCGGGAGUUGCUCCACAAGCCAGGCCAGCCGUUGGAGGCGGGCGCCCAACUCAGUUACACCCCGGCCAACAUCCUGAUAGAGAACACCAUCAAGAUUCCGGUUGCCCUGCUGCAGCCCUUCUACAUUUGGUCCGAUGUCUACCCCAAUGCGGUUAUGUUCGGAACCCUGGCCUCCCUAAUUGGACACGAGUUAAUCCACGGAUUCGACGACAGCGGACGAAGGUUUGAUGAUAAGGGAAACUCGACGGAUUGGUGGGAUGAGAAGUCCAGCAGCAACUUCCUGAAACGAAGGGAAUGCUUCACCAAGCAGUACGGCCGGUAUGUGUACGAUGGAAUCCAGCUGAAGGAGUCAACCGCGCAGUCGGAGAACAUUGCGGACAAUGGAGGAACAAGGCUGGCCUACGCAGCCUACCGGAAAUGGUUCGAGUCCCAAAUGACAAAUAGCUCGAGUGUCAAUCAGGUCCUGGCCAAGGAGACCCUGCCCAACCUGCGAUACUCCGCCAACCAGCUGUUCUUCAUCAGCUUUGCGCAGGUCUGGUGCAACGAUGCACAUCCCAAUGUAAAGGCCCUGCAAGUAUCAACCGACCAGCACAUGCCAGGAAAGUUCCGCGUUAUUGGAUCCUUAUCGAACUUCGAGGAGUUCUCCAAAGAGUUCAACUGCCCAGCCGGAUCCGCCAUGAAUCCUAAGGAGAAAUGCAUACUGUACUAGUUAAAUGGUUCCGAAAUGACAUUCUUUAACUUGAUCAAUAUUUUCGUAAGGAAUAAAACAAAUUAAAUAUUUAGUGUCA